AUGAAGAGUCAAGCUGGAAAUGAUGACGGGCCUAAAAGCUUGUUGCCAUCAUUCAAUACUACAAACAUUACAAACAAGAAUACAAACUAUAAUAACAGCAAUAACGACAACAACAACAACAACAACAAUAGUAUUCAAAAGCAACCACCGACCUAUCAAGAUGAUUCAAUAGCGGUACAACCAAACGGAGCCAUUCCUACGCCACCGGCAAUGCCUACAGUACCGACUGCUGAUAAUUCUGAGCCAAUUAAUCCAUUAAUGUUGGCGAGUCCAUUGGUCGUAUCCAGGAGGAACAGCCGAGAGCCUGUGCAGCGGGGCGUACCCUCAUUGCCUCCGCAACCAAAAUCACCAGGUGGAUCUAAUUUGCCACAGGAAACAGUCGAAUAUCUCAAGGCUUGGAUGAUGUCUCCCAAGCACAUUGGGCAUCCUUACCCGAACGAAGACGAAAAGACCAAAAUCAUUGCGGAUACUGGUAUUGAAACGAAACAGUUGAAUAAUUGGUUUGUCAACAAUCGCAAGCGCUAUUGGAAACCACGAGUGGCACGUCAAACAGCCGUGGCAAAUGCGCCCUUUGGUUCGCUGCCGCCGCCCAUGGAGCUAGGAACCGGAAUUGUCAAUUACAAUGCCAAUUUAGAUUAUACCGCCAACACCAGAAAUCAUCGAGGAGGAGGGAAAAUGCCCACCAACCGAAAAAAGCCACCACCCGGCAGUGGCAAACAACGAAAGGUACCCUCGAAAAAGAAACGGCGCAAAUCCAAUGCCAAGUACAACAAAGCCAAGUCUUAUGGAAGGUUGAAAAAAUCGGCCAUGCCAAAAACGACGCUGAAAAUUACCAGUGAUGAAGCGCCCAACCGCAUUACCAAUCCACUCUUGUCAACGCUACCACACAAGAGUUCGGUGGAAGAAAUAUAUGGUUCCGAAUUGUAUCGAGCAAUGGAGGUUGUCUUUCACCCACCGGAUACUUAUCCACUCUCGUAUUAUGCACGGAUAUUGGGAUUUGAUGUCCCCGUGGUGGUGGACCAGAAAAUGCCGACAGCCUUUCCAGACGUUGCUACACUUCCGUUUGUUACUACUACCAAAAAAGACGACGAUCCGUUUCUAGAAAUUCCCGAGGAGAAUGGUCGAUUGGAAUACAAAAAGGUCAAUUCGGUGGGGUGCGAUUUGGACGAUCAAUUGACAUUGGAUUUUGUGGAUCCGGUAUAUGCUACUCUAAUUCGUGAGGGGUUUAGUACGAAAGAGUUGGUGCCCUGCAAUUAUUCAAUAUUUUCUAAAUUCGAUUCCAGGCGGAAACAAAAUGUGUCCAAACAGAAACAAGUUGUGGCCAUGGGGAAGGCUAUGAUUCCGAAUUUUGACAAAAACUGGACAUUUUCGGGGUAUCCAGCAUCAAAAGCUGAAGGUAAGGCGAUAUUGGAGGAAUACGAAUGGACUAUCGAGGAGGAGCCGGUACCUAGUAGUUUGCCACCACAAACCUUUGGUGUCGUCGCAUGGCUGGAGGGGAAGCCAGAAGCGAUUUUGAUGUAUCAGUUCAUGUGGUACAGUCUUUCGCGUGACAAAAAAGAGUCGGAACUAAUCAUGAUCAUUACGGGGAUUGGUCGACCACGAAGAAAGCCAAAAGUGCAUGUUGCAUCAUCUACGACGGAUGUUGUGGUCGAUGGCAAGAUAUUGGCAUCUGAUUUUGCGACUGCUCCGGAGCCAUCAAACGAAACUCCGAACACAGACAAUGAGAAGUUGGAUGCCGCUUCUAAUGGAAAAGAGGUCACCCAAUCACCUCGAGCAUCAAUGCCACCACCGGAAGGUAUUGUUUCGGUGACAGCACAGCCACCCCCUGCAUCGGUGGAGGCCUCCGCAAAAUCUUCAAAUGGAAAAUCCGAUUCUGCGCAAAAAGAAGUUAUUGAGGACCUCCCAAAUCCAGCUCCACUCAGCAAUGUCAUCAUGACCACCAUGAUUGCCAUGAUAUUGGAGCACACUAGAACCUGCAGCGUAUUUUAUGGCCUCUGCUAUCCUCCCAAAAAUACUUUGGGUUUUAUUCAAGAAUGCUUUCGAUUGUCGAAAGUUCCGUCAAAAGGUAACACGGACGCGGAUACGAUGGUGUGUGAUCUCAAAAAAUGCAGCAGUCGAUACGCUUUUUUGAAAUUAAUCGAGACUGAGCAGAAACAAAUUUCAAUUACAAAAGGUGAUGUUGAUAUCCAUGAUCGCUUGCUGGUUCGAUUGCCGAAUAUGGAAGAAGCACAAACAUGUUUCGAGUCAUCCACUGCGGUUAUCGGACAACGAAUCAACCGAAAUACUGCCAAAGGCCCUACCAAUAUAUUUACUGGUGCCACUGGGGAUAUGAGAACAGCAACAAUUGGAAUUCGCGCACUUAAUAGUGCCGACAAUGAGCCUACUCCACAAGUCAAAAUCUAUUCUCUUCAAGACAAAAUCCAAGGCGAUCAAUUGGAGCUUCCCAUAUCAACCGGGACUGACUCGAGUCUUGAGAUUCUCAAAUCGUUUCCCAUUCCGAGAUCACCGCAAACGGAAGAAAAGGUUGAGGAGAGCGAAAUACUUCUCGAUCUGAAACGAAAGCAAAAUGAAUUGAUUCAAACUGAAAAGGCAUUGGAGCCGAACAUUCGAUCGCUCAUGUGCAAAAUCAUUGACGAAAGAAUAGAGUACGAGAAACCGGAAUCCCGACAAAAGCGAGCUGACAGUGUUCGGCUGCUCGAGGAACAUCGGGAGGCUUUGGCACGACGAAAAGAGAUUGACCGAAAGAUGCAAGAACAACUGGAACAUGACAUGAAUGCUGUCUGCAGCAUUUGUGGUGAUGGAGACGUCACUCCCGACAACCAAAUUUUGUUUUGCGAGGCCUGUGAUAUUCCAAUUCAUCAAAUGUGUUAUGGAGUCGAAAAGGUCCCGGAAGGAGAUUAUUAUUGCGUGGCCUGUAGACAUUUCAAGCGCGACAAGAUGAAAGAAGAUGCGAAUAGCAGAGCACGUCGGUCAUCCACAACAGCUCGAGAACCUAUGCCGAUACUGCCUAUUCGAUGUGAAUUGUGCCCUGUGCAAUACGGUGCGUAUGUCCGAUGUGAGUUGCCAAAAGAUGCUCCACCAAAUGCAGUCACAAAAUGGGUUCAUAUGGGCUGCGCGAAAUGGCAAGGCCUUAACUUCUCGGGAUCGGGGCAAUUAAAUCCUGAAUGCGUGGAAGAUGUCACCACUCUGAAACGGGAGUUCCGCAGGUUGGACUACGCUUGUGAUAUUUGCAAAGGCAAGCGUGGUGCUUACCAUAAGUGCAGUCAUCCUGGGUGCGGGAAAUGGAUGCACAUGACCUGCGCCCAUAUUUGCGGAUUGUGUGAAGUGAACUAUGGAGAGGAUGUUGAAGGCAAUCCCACCGAGAAACCAUGGACUCUAUUUUGCCGACAACAUUCGAAUGUAGAUCCGGAGGAAUCAACAUACAAACGUAUUCCAGUAGAUGAAUUGAUUAGUAUGGCAAAAGAAUUCCCAGAGGAACCAAUGCCAGUAGCGCCACCUCCGAAGAACAGAAUUUUCAACAAGAUGAAUGGGAAGGAGCGUUCAUCGGCAUUGGCCAACCCAGAGUAUGAGCGUGCAUUCUUGGACGAAAUAUUGACCAAGAGAUUUGUCGGUGUAAGGUGUGAAUGCUGCGAUGUUGAACACGACGGGUCCCUACUGCAACGAUGCGGAACUUGCGGGGUUACGGUUUGCAUCACUUGCCGAUUCUCAUUUGGGAAGGUCACAUCAGAUCAAAAAUACUUGAAGUGCCACAGUUGUGCUUACAAGGACAAGUGCAUAAAGGAGGAGAAAGAUUUUGAGGAGCCACAUUGCGACUUGUGUUAUCAAAGAGGUGGUCUUCUUCUCCACGGUACAGCAAAACCAGUCAGCCGAAUUUCACAGUGGAAAAACAACCCAAAGCUCUUCAAGAAGUCUAUUUUCGGGAAAAAAUUGUGGACGCACUACUCUUGUGCCUUUUGGUCAAAAGGCGUCAACGUGAUUCCCAAGGAUUGCAGUGCUGACUUUUCGAACGUUGUGAUGUCAAAUGGCCAAGGUUACAUUCAGGGAAAGAUACCAUGUUACCUCUGCGGGAAGUCUCGUGGUAUGAAGAGAAGAUGCUCGCAUGUAGACUGCAGGGCCCGCGGUGAGAAAAGACAGGCUUAUCAUUUCCACGUAUCCUGUGCAAGACAAGCAGGAUACGAAGUGAAUCAUGACGAUGACUCGAAUGAUCAAGAAGAAUUCUAUGUCCGAUGCUAUGAACAUGGGGGAAACGAGUACAAUCUCCGUGCAAGACUCGAGGAUUUGAUAGAGGUUGAGCGAAGGCGAGCGGGGAAGAAAUUUGGAAAGGCAGAUUCUCCAAUGUCCUUCAGCGAUGCUUCGCGACUAUUAAAUUGCGCAAUGCUUGUCAAUAGAAUAUUGAGCUGGGCUUGGAGGUGGGCAGAGUUAUGGGUAGAACAUAAUUCGACAUGGGAACCACUGCUAGAACCAGGUCAGGUGGAAGCGAAAAUGACAAAAGCGCAACUCAAGAUCGUUGAGAGCACACCUCAAAGUCGAUGCAAAGAUGCAAGAAGGUGUCGUCUUACAGCGCUUGGUGCCGCAUUGCGGAAUCGAAAUUACGAUGAUGGGGACAGCUUUGAUAACGAAUCAUUGAAACGUGCGUUACACGCUGUGCUGCAUACCAAGAGUCUAGUGGGUCCCUGGAAAGAUUUCGAAAUCGACUUUAUUGCUGACUGGUUAGCUCGUGCCUACCGAUCAAAGUCCCGACUGCUGGGGCUUGGAGAUGACAAGAUACCAAUCGGAAAUGCAGGUUUUUGUUACCAUACCGAUGACAAGUCCCCCAAAUUUGAGCUUGGAAGCCGACCUUUGCCAGGAAAAGCAACUUUGGAAGAUGGGAAGGUGUUCGAAGAUGCCGUAGCUGAACCGGACGAUUUCUUGAAGCCAGAGAUCAUCGAUGGGAAAGUAGUCACUCAAAAAGCUGCACCACAGGCUCCUCGACCGAAACAGGAAUCUUCAGUCUCUCCGAAAGCUGUUGCUGUCACGACUCCAGCGACGCAGAAACGAGGACCAGGAAGGCCGAGUAGAUCUACUGAGUCUGCGUCACAAUCGGUCUCUCCUUUCGACAAGUCUGCUGGCUUGGCGGCGUUGAUUCCAUCUGCGAUGAAGAAGAGACGCGCUCCUGAUGCCGCAAUGGACGUGACAUCAUCGUCGAAGAAACCAAGAAAGUUUGUUGACAAGGCUAGGAAAGCUCAAGCGACUAUCCAAUUUGACGAGCUUGGUCCGGAUGGCCCACUGCGACGUGGUCGACGUGGGCGCCCACCUAGGCUUAUGGAGCUUUUCGUUGUCAUUCAAGUUGGCGGCAAGAUUCUCCAACAAGAUGAAUUUGAGGGCGUUGCAGCGGCGAUUGGGGAAAAUGAAGAGAAGCCAGUCGCUGAUGUCACACUCAUUGCUAAUGGAAAUUAUGCGGCCUCUCAACCCACAGCCACAGUUCUUACUACCCAGAAGGAAAGAGUGGGUCAAAGCGAGGAAGAGGAGAACGCUUCUGUACUACCGAAAGAAAAUGUGAAUAAAAUGGCUAACAACCCAAUGCAAAAGAGAAGGGGGCGAAAGCCAAAAGCUUCCAGUCGCAGACAAUCCCUUGGGGAGAUAAACUACGCAGAGCCUUCUGACGACUCAGAAUUUGAAGAGCAGGACGACGAGCCAACCAAGGCACCAAGGAGGAAAACGAGCCCCACAAUAAAGAACCGAACCAAACGACACACGCCAACAAGUGGCCAGAGCGCGACGAAGCACAAUGCACGACAAUGUAAAAUCGAUGAAGCCAACGACGACCACGAUAAUGAUCAAUCAGGAAAAAGAAAUAGUAGACGCCGCCCUUCCCCUGCCGAUAGGCCCCUGAAGCAAUCUAAAAAAUCCAGGAAACCUUUCGUCGAGGAAGAAGAUUAUGUCUACGAGAACGAUUUUUUGAUUCCAUUGGCGGACUUGGCUGGUCUGUCACGAAAAGGAGAAGGCGGUCACAAAGAAAGGAUCGAGGAACGCACGGAUAUUGAUCCCAUCCAGAUUGCACUGGAAAAAGCCGAAAAGCGGACGCCAUAUUGUGUCACCAAAACUGAACGCUUAGAGGGCAGAAAGGCAGCAUCCAAAGUCGCCUUCAUUAACAAUCAAUUGAAAUAG